AUGGCCGACAGCACCACGCGCGUUUCCCCCACCGCCUCCGACGACAUCGUCGCCUCAGUUGGAGCUCUUCGCGCCUCCUUCCGCAGUGGUGCCACGCGCAACCUAAAGACGCGUCUUCAGCAGCUCAAGCAGCUGCGGCGCAUGGUGAACGAGAACGUGCGUGAGCUGCAAGACGCGCUGUUCCAGGACCUGCGCAAGCCGCCAGCCGAGACGCUCAUCUCCGAAAUAGCGCCCGUCCGUGGCGAGAUCUCGCUGCAUGAGGAGGAGAUGGAGAACUGGGCGGCACCCGAGCGCGUGUGGACCAACCUGGCCAACCAGCCAGGCCGCUCCUACAUCCAGCGCGAGCCAAUGGGCGUCGUGUGCAUUCUCUCCACAUGGAACUACCCAGUUAUGCUCUCCUUGUGUCCACUAGUAGGUGCAAUCAGCGCCGGUAACUGCGUAAUACUGAGACUUCCAUCGGAUGACACGUGUGUGCACACGAGUGAGCUGCUCCUCAAGCUCGUGUCGACGUAUCUAGACCCUCGCUUCGUGCGCGUGGUACACGGCGGCGUCUCAGCUACUCAGACCACUUUGCAGCAGAAAUUCGACUUGAUAAUGUGCACGGGUGGCUCUACCAUCGGCAAGAUCGUAGCGGAAGCCGCAGCAAAGACACUCACGCCCACGAUCCUGGAACUGGGCGGUAAAUCCCCCACUAUUGUGGACGAGACGUGUGAUGUUGCAGUCACUGCACGACGCAUCACAUGGGCGGCGUUCAUGAACGCAGGCCAGACGUGUCUGCGUCCAGACUACGUGAUGGUGAGCGCCAAGAUCGGCGAUCAACUGGUCGCAGCGAUUCAGAAAGAAAUCGCAGCCUUCUUCGGCCAAGACCCACAGCAGAGCACGUCGUACGGACGACUGAUCACACAAAAGUUCUUCGAUCGUGUCGUUGGAUUCCUGGAGAGAGAUGCAGAGUUUAUCGUGUUUGGCGGGGAGAAGGACCGAGAAGAUCAGUUUGUGGCCCCGACGCUGCUCAAUUUCAAGAAGGAUAUGGACGCUUUUACCCGCAGUGCUGUGAUGCAGGAAGAAGUGUUCAGUCCUCUGUUGCCUGUGGUCUACUACGACUCGUUGGAUGAGGUUAUUGACUUUGUCCGCGACCGUGAGAAGCCACUAGCGCUCUACGUGUACACAUCGAACUACAAGGUCCGCACACGUGUCUUGGAUGCGACCAGUUCCGGUAGUGCGUGUGUGAACGACAGUAUUGUGCAGUCGGUGAAUCUCAACUUGCCGUUUGGGGGCGUGGGGGCGUCGGGCAUGGGCUCCUACCACGGCAAAUACUCGUUCGACGCGUUCUCGCACCAGAAGAGCGUUCUGGUCCGAUACGCCAUGCUGGAUGCGCCGCAGCGGUACAUGCCGUACACCAACUCGGCACUGAAUACCGUGAUGCUGCUGAUGAAACCUCUUCCGAACUCGCUCAUUGGUGUCGCGGCGUACGCCUUGAUCUCCUUCUGCAUUGCCAUCGUGGGAUUGAUCUUGCAAAUGUAUCGGCAUGGAGCAGAGAUCGAGGAGUAA